AUUUUGUGUAUUUAGUAUGGAGCAUGAUAUUGUGCUAACGAAUUUAUGUAAUUGAAUAAUGCUUUUUUGUAAAUGUAAGACAUAGAAAAAUUAAAAAUAUGUAAAAGCAGUAUGGCAUACUACUACAAGAUUUGUGAAUCUGAAGAUCAUGCUGAUGUAUCCGAUUAUAAUGGAUUCCAGUUGUAUAAAGCUGUUAAAGCAUCUGAAAUCACAGAAUCAUCUGCAAAUUAUGAUUUUUCAAAGUAUGUGCUGAUAGAAUUGCUUGACAAUGUGACACCUGAAAGCAAGCUGUGGAAAGAACUUGGACUUGCAAACAAUCGGAAAGUUACACAUAAACGAAUGAUGGUUGAUUCUCAUCGCAUAAAUUGUCGACGAGCUAUUGUAAUCUGUGUCAGUUCAGAAGAAGCUAAAUCAAUUGCUUCUCGUUUAUCACAGGCUCGGAUCAUGAAUAGGAGUGUGUGUGCUGUAGUCAUUCAAGAACUUCUCUCUGAUCUUCGUUUAUUUGAAAAACAAAUCCUUCAGUACGGUGACAAGAAGCCACAAUAUCAGUUAUUAUAUGUAACAGAUCUGAAUAAGUGCAGGACACCUGCCGGUUUAGUGAAGUUUCUGAGGGAGAAAUUUUCAGCAUUUGGUACUAUCUUAUCUGUUUUAGUGUGUGAAGAUGCAGAUGGAUAUGCAUAUCCUGAAGGAGUUAUAAAAUUUUCAUACUUAUCUGAAGCAUUUGCUGCUGAGCUAGCAUAUGACCAAUGUGUUGUGGGGAAAGAAAGAUUAUCUGUUACUGCACAUCAUAAUAUUUUGCUGUCCCAGUGUGAUUUACGACUGAGGUUGAGGGAAGCUCAUUUCAUGCAGAAAGAAAAUAGUUGUAAGUCUUUUAUUUCAGUAAGUGAAAGGACUCCUGAGUACUCAUUGUGUAAUUCCUCUAAUAGUAGCAUUUAUUCUAUUUCAAAUGGAUUUAAAAGUGCCUUAGCACAUUCUAAAAGUAAAUCAUGUCAAUCAGGAAAUAUGUCAGAAGUUUUACAUCAAAAUGUUUCUGAAGACAGUGCAGGAUCAACAACCUCCGAUUGUAAUAACAUUGAAAUUACAUAUGAUUCUUCUGAUUUAGAAGUUAUACAGACUCCAAACCAGACAAAUUUUGUAGACUGCCUUAAGAGUAUUGCAGCAUUCAAAGAUAGUUCAGUUUCUAGCAAUAUUAGUGAUGAUGUAAUGUCUGUAUCUAGCGUAGAAAGUGCUGCAGUGAAAACAAAUUCUGAUAUGAAUUUUACAAGCCAUACUUGUUUAAAUAGUGUAGAUAUGUCAGAAACUAUUGCACUUUGCCCUCAAAACAUUACUUCAUGCAAUGACGGGCAGUUAUCAUUAGACACAGAUAAUCUUACAGAUACCGCUAAAUUUUCUGUGCUUAAUGGUUCCCAAAAUUUAAAUCAUCAAGGCAGUAAUAUUGGCAAAAGUCAACUGGCCAAAACUGUUUCUCAAGCAGAUAAAUGUUUAAUAUAUGGCAAUAGUGUUUUGAAUUCUAGCUGUGAUUCUGUAUCCUCUAAUGAAAAAACAUUGAUAGGUAAGAUAAAUUUUGAUGAAAAUGAUGCAUCACCGUCAAAAGAAGAAAAUUCUUCAGUUACUUCUUUGCAUUCUUCUGAUUUAAAGCAAAAUAUUAAAUCAGAUUUGCAUGAAAGUGCUGAAUUAAACAAAAAAGAUCCACAACAACCUGUUAAAGCUAUUUCCAUUUUAUCCAGUUCAUCAUCAUCUUAUUGUGAAGAAAUAUCAGAUUGUGGAUUUUCAAAAAGGAAAAAGACAUCAAAAGUAUCUCAAAAAUUAUCUUUAAAAAGCAAAAGAUUAGAUGGAUGUAAAAGUGCUUCACAGAAAACAGUAUCAUCUGCUUUAUCUGUAUAUUCAGUGGAUGAUCAGCAGAUGUCAGAACAGUUAAAUACUUUUAAUGCCCAAACUGGUUCUACUAGGAGUGUGAAUGGCAGUAUAAAAAAUGCUUCUUCUUUAUCAGUUAAACCAUCAUCAAGGAUAAAUGAGUGGCUUUCUCAAUUACCUAAUUCUUCUGACGUGUCUCGAGUUCAACAGAUCUCAAUAAAUAAAACUUCUAAUUCCAUGAAUAAUACAAGUGUAGGGAAAAAUUGUAGAAGUGUACAACUCGAUUCAAAAUGCAAAAGCGUGCAAUCAUCUGUUCGUCGAAGCUCACGAUUUGCAUCCUGCAAAAAGGCAACACUCAUUUCGAAUGAUGACAAUCAAUCUAAUGUUAAGUCUAAAUCAGGUGAAUAUGUAUCUGAAAAUUCUAAAAACAAUAGCAUUGAUCUUCAUAUGCCACUUAGAAAUACAAAUGCUGAUGAAGAUCUAAGUCCUCUUAAAUCUUGGUUAAGACGAGAGCUAUUUGUUUCUACUAACAACCUAGUGACAAGACCUCAAGAAGGUAUAAAAAGCAUUGUUUGUGCUGCAAUAAAUAAAGAUAUUUUGAUAUCUGUUGGUUGCAGUCAUAUGACCUGUGAAUUUUGCUAUCCAGACUCUAUUAAUUUAUUGCUUGGACUUGAAUAAAUACAAUAAGGUAUUCAAGAACAAUAACAUUUAUUUAGCUGUGAGGUAUUUACUGUAACAUGUGUAUAAAUUAUUACAAAUAAUUUCAGUGAUUCAUGACAUAUCUGAAAAUUAUUGCAGUGUAUAAAAUAUAAAAAUGCUGUAUAUGAAAGAUGAGGAUUUCACUUUUAAAAAUAUUUAGUUCUAGUUUGUCAGUAAUUGUGGUUUUAAUAGUUCUCUUUAUAACUAGAGUAUUCUGUACUGUCGAUCUUCAGAUUCAUUUUGGGUACUCUGAUGUUACUGUAACUAACUACCUUGGCAUAAUUUGGCAAUUUUUUUAAAAGAAAAAGAAUGGUAAUUUCAAAUCAGAGAAAGUUAUUUAUUUCAUAUCAGAGAAAGUUAUUUAUUUCAUAUCAUACAUGUUAUUAGAUACAUAUUUUAAUUUUAGUUUCAUAUUUAUCUUGGGAAACUAUUUAUGAAACUACUUACAAAUAGCAUCUCCUGCAUGUAAUUCUUUUAGUCUCUCAGUCUUACUGGCCAUUCUAAUUCUUCAAAGCAAAAUUUAACACUUGUUAAUUCUUUACUCCAGCAGUAUAUAAAUUUGACUGCUGUAGUAAAUGGCAGACUACUAUUUUACUAAAGAACCAAUUUACGCUUUAAAUUCCAAUGUGUCCGUUGAAUUUUACAUGUUGGAUUUCCAAAAAGGUUGUUUUCCAAAAUACAGCAUCAUCAAAUAUGAUUCUGAACAUUCCCAUCUCUGUGGCAAAAUAUUAUAUUUAUGCAAAAAUUUCACAGGACUUUCUUCGUGUGCAGGCACAUGUUUCAAAAUUAAUUUGAAGACUAAAAAUACUGCAGUUUGCCUUUACAGCUUCUAAUACAACCAAACACAGCAUGCAUGAAAAUUAUGGCAUUUCUUAUUCAAACUUAUAUAGUAUAACCUGAAGAAUUGUUGUGCACAUUUUUGUCAACUUCUACAAAAAUGGUUGUGGUAACCAAAGUACCUGAUUUUGUAUUUAACUGCUUGUUAAAAUUUUACAUUAAGGAAAGAAAAGCAAAAUUUAAAUUCAUCAGAUUUUUAUAUUGUGAAAAGGAUUCCUUUUUAGGAUAGUAGAUGAUUUGAAAUUUUAUGCUAGACUAAUAUUUGUCUGCUUUUGAUAUUAAUAAUUUAACUUUAAAAUUUCAGAUUCAGUUUUUAAAGAUAAAAGUUAAGUAUAAUAAAUAUUAAUUUUAGUAUUUUACAAAAUGGAUAUUUACUGUAUAAUGCUGUAAAGUUAUUGCAUUGAUUGUAAUUAGUGUAAUAAUGAGCUAUAGUUAUAAGGCUGUUAUAUCUGAAGUUCAGAAUUAAAUUGUGGAUUUUAAGUGAAUUGUAAUUUAGAAUUCAGAUUCAUGUUUAUGUUUUAAAUGGAUGUUUUGUGUUAUUAUAUAGAAUGUAGUAAAACAGUAAAUUUAAAAUUUAAGAGACUUUUAUGAUUUUUUAUUCUCUAAUAUUAAUCAUAUUUUAAGUAUUGUGGAUUAUGACUUAUUCUUCUGCUGUUGGAAGCGGACUCAAAAAUGUAUUUAUAUAGGCACAUGUGUAUGUAUGUAUGUAUGUAUGUGCUAUACACCACACAUACAUAUGUACCAAACAUUCAUGUACAUGCAUACAUGAACACGUACACAUUUCUGAAUCCAAUCCCAGAAGAGUAGUUUAUGACUUUCUGUGAAAUGUAAUAGCUAAGAAAGUCAAUUGAAAAUAGAAAAAAAAAAAAAAAAAAAAAAAAAAUCUUUCAGUAUUUGUGUAGCCCUUAUUUUAGUAGUGAAUUUAUAAAAAAUGUUGAGAAAAUAUGGAAGGUGGACUUUUUGAGGAGAGGGCAGUAUAGUAUUAUUUUAUCUUUUAUAGAUUAUAUUCAACUCUACUAGGAGUAUUCAAUGAUUAUAUUCAACUAGGGGUAUUCAAUGAGUUCUAAACCUGAGUAUACUGUAAUAUAUAUGGGAUCAUGAAACAUACUGAAAUGAUUCUGUCAUAGUAUAAAAUAGAAAAUAUAAAUAGAUAGUAUAAAAUAGAAAGCAUACGCUUAGUAAGUAUUAUCUGAUUUUAAAAGGCUAUUUUAUUCUGUGAGUUAUAUUUGUUAAUAUUUAAUAUAUUGAACAUCAUUUAGUGAUUUUUUCAAAAGAAGUUAAAUGCCAAUAAAUGUUCAUGAAUACAUUGCAGGUGUAUAAAUGAAAACAUACCAUGAAGGUAUGCUGCAUUCAUGAAUACAUAUGAUGUGUUCAUGAAGACAUGGUUGCUGUUUACAUUGAUGCAGCAUUUUUCAAUAUCUAUAUCAAAAGAUGGGCUACUAUGUUUAGGUAGGAGAGAUUGUUGCUCAAAGCUGAUUCUAGUCCAGACAGCAAUGUGGAUAUGCUCACUGAAGAACUAUGGGCUAAGCCUGAGGAAAAGAUGAAUGAUAGUUUCUCAGAUUGCUAUGGAAAUGGGCAGCUAUACUGGAUCUGUAUAAAACACACUGCAUGGUAAUUAGAAAUGUAAAAGAUGGAUGCCUAGAAUAUCAGACAAGAAGAAAUAUUAGGUUAAGUGUUCUCAAGAAUUUCGUCCAUGAAAAAUUCCAAUAUAAUUUUUGAUAUUUUCUGAUUAUUCACAGCUCUGGUUUCAACAUUUGUUAAAUUUUUUAAUGUAUUUUUUUAGCAUACCUCUGCCAACAGCCAACUCAAACUUGUGUGCCAUCUACUUAUUUUGAAUACAUGGGGAUUUACAUGCUUUAUAUUUAAAUGUCAUUUUGCUGAAGCCUAUGUAGUGGCUGUAAAAGUGUAAAUGUCAACUGUAUACAUUUUUGUUCCUUCUUAUAAAAUCUUUUAUGUCUUAUAAAA